UAACUCAGCACAUCCAUCCAGCAGCACUCGGGGCUCCUUUGAGGCAGCUCUGUGUGAAUUUAGGAACUUGAAUUACCUUAAGCCACGGGGGAAUCUCUGCCUUAGUCCAUCAAUGACACAUCCAGGCACAUUUCCGUGGCCAAAACGCUCCMAAGAGCUGCUUUGAGGGAAAAGCUGGGCUUAAAAAUCCAUUUUUACCUUGACUCCCAGAGCUGUGUGUGCUCUCCAGGCAGCCAAAUGCCCCCCAUCCUUUUCCAGGUGUGACCCCAGCAGGAUGAAAUCCCGAUUUUGGAAAACUGGGGUGCCACCAGAACGGGCACUGGGGUUUCUCACCUCAGAAAAGCCUCUUCCUCAAUUGUAAAUCACUUGUUGGGUUACAAAAAGCCCCCCUUUGAUUGCUCCUGCUUUCCUCACGCAGAUUCCUCGGAUUAAAAUAAAAACCCUGCUUAGCUGAGCCCUCCCCAUCUCUGCUGAUUCUGGGUUUUCAGCCCCAGAAAGGCAGUGGUCUGUGCUUACCCUAAUGGAUGAACCCUCUUUUGUCUUUGCUGCCCUAAAUGGGAWUUCUGUGGGAUUUUUAGUGUGGGAUUUUUAGGACAAAUGAGUGAGGUGCCGUGCCAGGGAUUGGCAAAAGUCACGUUUUCCAUUUUGUUUUCCAGGAGCAUCCAGCCUGAAGACAAGUCGUUUGCUGUCGGGAUACAGUUCAUGCUGCUCAGAGUUUUAGCAUGGAUGCCGGGCCCGGUGCUGUAUGGCAGUGCCAUCGACACGUCCUGUGUGCUGUGGGAGCGGCGCUGCGGGCGCAGGGCRGCGUGCAGGUACUACGACAACACCCGCUUCAGGCACAGGUACCUGGGGCUGCAGUUCUUCUUCGAGGUGGGCGCUUUCCUGUGCUUCGGGGCCGUGUUGCUGAUCCUCAGGAGGCAGGAGAGGGAGGCCAGCAAGGCAGAGGAGACCAAGGCAGACCCCGAGAAGGAGAAGCUGGCGGGGAACUCCAGCAAGAGCCCGGAAUCCAAAGUGUGAAUUCCCUGGAGUGGGAAUGGUGGUGGUGUGGGGAGAUGCAACCCCAUAAAUCACCCCAUGGCCAAGCUGUGGGACUGUUGGACAGACUGGGGGCUGCUCCCUGAUCUCCAGGUGGGAUGGAUG